AGGGAAAGAAAGUUGUGGCAUUCAUGCGUUUCUGAAUAAUCAGUGCAUCGUCGAUGAAACAGUUCUAAAUAUUAUUUAAAACAAGGAUUGUACGCUUUCUUGGAGAAACUUAACCGCACAACGGAGCCGGUCACAUUACUAAUACAUAUUCUACUUGAAGCUAAGUUGGAUUAGUUAAUGUUAAGGAAUGACUAAUUUGACUCGGGGAUACCAACUAAACAAAAUAUAAUUUGGAGAACAAAUAAUUACAAUUGUUAACUUUUUUCUCGUGAAUUUGGAUGAUCGUGAAGUUUUCCUUUCAAAGUUGCGAGAGUGUUCAAAGGCUCGAAAUACGAAAUUUGCAAAUGUUUAAUGAUCAAACGUUUGCUAACACAUAUAAACAACUUGUUUUCCGGAACGAACAUAGUGGUUAGGUCUGCUAGAAAUAACAGCAGAAUGUUGGAUCCAGACACACUGAACAAAGGACUUAUGCGUGAGAAAGCUGAAUUAAAGAAACUAUAAUGUUAGUAAACUGUCAAAAUAAGUGCCGGGAUAAUAUUUACUUGUCACCUUUUAAAGUAUUGGCGGCAUAAUUUAAAGAGAAACUGAAACCGGUUCUCGUACUUGACUCGCAGUAACUUUAUCUCGGUAUCGAAUUGCUCGACAAAAUCUUAGAUAUGCCAUCUCCAAAAUUACCAAUAUACUUCGACUGUUAGACCAGAAAUACUCUCCUGCCACCCGAUAAAUUGAAUGCCGUUAGCGAUGACCUACAGAAGUUCAGGCUGGACAUCAACCACAUUGAUCACACCAAUUCGGAAGGGCUUUGCUAAGUUCCAAAACUGGUGAUUCUUCGGAAGAAACUGUUGCUGAAGUUGCAUCCAGUAAGAAAGAAGAGAGUGAAAAGAAAGAGGAAACACCCAAAGAAUCUGAAAAUCAGGAAGAUAUGGAGGUCGAGAGUAAAUCAUUAGACAAAAACAGUGAGAACAACAACAAUAAGAAAGACACUGAAUCAUCAGAACAGCCACAGCUACCAACCACACCACCACCUCCACCUCCAAAUGAAACUGAAACACCACCUCCACCACCACCUGAUGACUCCCCAUCCAUGGAAACUGAAGUAGAUAAUGCGCCCGACACACCAGCUACCAUCCCUGCCACACCAGUGGCUGCAGAUAUGGUUGACCUUUCAGAAAUGGAGACUGACAUGAACACAGCCUCAAAAUCAAACGAUACUGAUGAAACAACAUCCCAAACAGGUGCUGAAGAUGUUGAAUCAUCCCAAACCAAUGCAGAUAGCUUUGAUGAAGAGAACACAGACUACACUGCUGGGAAAGCUGCACAGUUUGGUGAAAGGAGAAUAAGCGAUCAGACUAAAGACACUAAAAUGGACUCAUCAGAAUCAAAAAGUUCAGAAUUUGAUGCGGACCCUGAUAAAAGAUCUGUAAAAGAGUCAGACGCAGAACCAGUUAAAAAUCCACAAUGUUACUGUAAACAGGGACGGAAGCUUGGAACAGUUGAAUUUCAGUGCAGUAGUUGCUAUAAAUGGUUUCAUAUUGAUUGUAUCAAAAUGCCUUUAGGGAAAUGUGUUCCUUUUAUGUCAAAUUACCUUUUUUACUGCAAGUCUAAGAAGUGCAGUCCAAACGGUGAAAGUUUUUCCAAAAAACAUGCAAGUUUCAGCCAGAUGUGCUAUACUGCUGUAGCAAAUUUAACUUUUCAAAACCAAUCACAUCCUGAUCAGAAAUUCAUGUUUUCAAAAAAGGACAUUAUUCCCUAUAUAGAUAAGAACUGGGAGAGUCUGACUACUAUGCCACGACGAAUUAAACCAACAUGGCACACAACUAUAGUUAAGACAAUGACCAAAGACGCUGAUAUUUUUAUGUGCAGUGAAGAAAUUCCUGGAGAUCCUCAUUUUGGCCUUGUAAAUUCUGACUUGGAGAAAAUUAGUCCAAAUUAUGACCUUAUAAAGAGUAUCAUUAUGAACAAAGGUGCUGAUCCAAAGGGCAGCAGUGGUUUAUCAGAAGGGCCAACUUCAAAAGGCCGUGGCAACAAAAGGAAAGCACCUCUGGAUGGUACGCAGCAAACUGGGACAAAGCAAAAGAAAAGUGAAUUGAAUUCUGCAAUGAAGCUAGCCCCCCAUGGCUACCCUCUGGAGCAUCCAUUUAACAAAGAUGGCUAUCGUUAUAUCCUAGCAGAACAAGACCCACAUGCACCUAAUAGACAAGCUUUUGAUGAGAGUUCAGACUGGGCUGGAAAGCCUAUUCCCGGUUAUUUGUACCGAACAUCUUUAGGAAAUGAUGUCCUCUUCGCUUUGCAUGACCGUGCUCCACAACUAAAAAUUUCAGACGAUUGUUUAACUGUGACUGGAGAUAAAGGAUACAGCAUGGUGAGAGCCACACAUGGUAUUCGCUGUGGUUCUUGGUACUAUGAAGCAAAAAUAGACGACAUGCCACUUGACACUGCCACCCGGAUUGGAUGGGCUCAGCCACUUGGGAAUGUCCAAGCUCCAUGCGGUUAUGAUAAGUUUAGCUAUUCUUGGAGGUCAAAGAAAGGGACAAGCUUCCAUCAGAGUCGUGGCAAACAUUUUUCAUUUGGAUAUGGUGAAGGUGAUGUUUUAGGUUUCUACAUUUAUUUACCCCAGCCAGAUGAUCCAGGGAAACUGUUACCACCAACAUACAAAGAUAAGCCUUUAGUGAAGUUCAAGAGUCACUUGUAUUAUGAAGAAAAAGAUUAUGUUUCUGAAGCUGAGAAAAACCUACAAAUUAGCCCUGGAAGCAAGUUAAUUACUUACAAAAAUGGAGAAAUUCAAGGGAUAAUGUUUACUGAUAUCUUUGAAGGAGUCUACCACCCUUCUGUAUCAUUAUACAAGAAUGCUACUGUCUCUGUAAAUUUUGGACCUAAUUUCAAAUAUCCACCUAAGGAUUGCGGCCCCUACACACCAAUGUCUAGGGCAGCUGGUGAAGCUAUGGUGGAAUAUUCUUUGGCUGAUGUCAUCUAUCAUAUUGAAAAUGAAGGCAACACACCUGAAUUUUGAUAUUUACAUUUUCAUUUAGUCAAAGAUUUCACCCGGGAAUACUAUUUCAGUUAGUUACCUGAUCUUAGGAUACCAUUAUUUCAUAUUUUUUUCCAUAUCAUUAUUAUUUUUUUUUUUUAUUAUCAUUAUUAUUAUAAUUAUUUAAGUAUUAAUAUUUUACUGGAGUCAGUCUAAAGAGAAAGAUGCCUUAGAUAUAACUGAAAAUGUUUCAUGACUCGGAUGUCACUGGAAACUAACUUUGUGAAUAAAGUGUGUCAAGUGAGAAACAUACCAGCACAGCAGAGGCCAUCACUCACUGAGCUAUUGACAAUAGCUAGAAGCCACAGAUAUGAAGCAAGAGUAAAGCAAAAAGCUACAACGGGGAAUCAAAGCCAAAGCUGUUGCUUAUCAUCUUUAAAAAAUGUCAUCAUUUUCUUAGAUGUACAUGAUUCAAAACAUCAAAUAUUUUUCAUUAAAAACAAAUUUUUUUUUUUAUUUUUUUAUAAUUUU